AUGUUAAGAGACAAGCUUCGUCAUCUCAGUGCCCCUGUAAUACCACGACAAUUGUCUACUGAAAUAAUAAGAAGAAACAGAACAACAGCUAGAAAUCUCACAUCUAAUCUAGUUUUGAACCAAUUUAAUUGUCAAGCUCUUGUUCAUUACCCUAUUUUACUGGAGAAUUCAAGAUAUAAAAGAUUUUUAUCUAAUAGCUAUAUUGGCAAUAUUAAGAAUAAUGACGAACAUAGAGAUAUUAUAAACCAAAAUCUAAUAAAUGAAAAGGAAGAUUCUAUUGAGACUAAUUCUAUUAAGGAUUUAACUGAAGUAGAACUUACUCGAGAUAAUAUAGAGAAUAAAUAUGAAAAUCAUGGGGAAUCAGAAGAUGGAGAUGACAAAGACAAAGAUAUAUAUGAGUUUGUUUUAAUGGACAAUGGAAAAUCUAUUGAAGAUCAGAUAUUUGGGAUAAUUAAAGCAUACUGUUCAGAGAAUACACAACUUGAUUACAAAACGAAUUUGAUGGAUAUAGAUACUAUUGAAGAAGGACGUAAGUGGGACUCUUUGGAUAGCGUGGAACUUAUUUUAAGUAUUGAAGAACAUUUCGGAAUUCAAAUCCCUGAUGACAUAGCUGACAAUAUAAAGUGUGUAAGAGAUAUUAUUGAAGCUGUAUUAAAUGCUCUAAAAGAAGUUAAGUGA